CGAGGGCGGGAUUGCUUCCUCUGGGCUCAUCCGCUGUCAUCCGUGGGAUCGCUAACUUUAUCUGCAGGGAUCCCUGGGGGCGGGGGUGGGCGAGCUCUCCUCCCCGGCGCUCACCUCCCCUUCCAGGGCUGCUCCUCCCCCGCCUCCCAUGGCUUCGCUCUCAGAGCAUCCUCUCUCCGCCCAGUUCGGUGCCAGCUGCGUGGGCUCCAGCUUCGUGCGUUAUCCUUGGAAUGCUUCGAAACUCGGUGGCGACUAAGGAAAUCCCAUUGGAAUUUGCCGGGCGUGCUCUCACCAGGCAUAGCACCGGCUCUGCCACUCCUUGGAUCGAUCCCUCUUCAGCCAGAAGCUUGCAACUUUACAGAGACAAAGAAAUAGCAUGGCAUGAAACAUGGCUCAGUUCUAUUACAAAAGAAAUGUUAAUGCCCCCUACAGAGACCGCAUCCCUCUAAGGAUAGUCCGAGCAGAAUCAGAACUCUCACCGUCCGAAAAAGCCUACUUAAAUGCUGUGGAAAAGGGAGAUUAUGCAAGCGUCAAGAAAUCCCUAGAGGAAGCUGAAAUUUAUUUUAAAAUCAAUAUUAAUUGCAUUGAUCCUCUUGGAAGAACUGCUCUUCUAAUUGCAAUUGAAAAUGAGAACUUGGAGCUCAUUGAACUGCUCUUAAGCUUUAAUGUCUAUGUCGGCGACGCUCUAUUACAUGCGAUCAGGAAAGAAGUCGUUGGAGCUGUUGAGCUGUUACUGAACCACAAAAAGCCCAGUGGAGAAAAACAGGUGCCUCCCAUACUCCUUGAUAAGCAGUUCUCUGAAUUUACUCCGGACAUUACACCAAUCAUUUUGGCAGCCCACACAAAUAAUUAUGAGAUAAUAAAACUUUUAGUUCAGAAAGGAGUCUCAGUACCCAGACCCCACGAGGUCCGCUGCAACUGUGUUGAAUGCGUCUCCAGUUCAGAUGUGGAUAGCCUCCGCCACUCACGGUCUAGACUCAACAUUUACAAGGCCUUGGCCAGCCCCUCUCUCAUUGCGCUGUCAAGCGAAGAUCCUUUUCUCACAGCCUUUCAGUUAAGUUGGGAGCUUCAGGAAUUGAGCAAGGUGGAAAAUGAAUUCAAGUCAGAGUAUGAGGAGCUGUCACGACAGUGCAAACAAUUUGCUAAGGACCUACUGGAUCAGACAAGAAGUUCCAGAGAACUAGAAAUCAUUCUUAAUUACCGAGAUGACAAUAGUCUCAUAGAAGAACAAAGUGGAAAUGAUCUUGCAAGACUAAAGUUGGCCAUCAAGUACCGUCAGAAAGAGUUUGUUGCCCAACCUAAUUGUCAACAACUGCUUGCCUCUCGCUGGUACGAUGAGUUCCCAGGCUGGAGGAGAAGACACUGGGCAGUGAAGAUGGUGACAUGCUUCAUAAUAGGACUUCUUUUCCCCGUCUUCUCUGUGUGCUACCUUAUAGCUCCUAAGAGCCCACUUGGACUCUUCAUCAGAAAGCCAUUUAUCAAGUUCAUCUGCCAUACAGCAUCCUAUUUGACUUUUUUGUUCCUGCUGUUGCUUGCCUCUCAGCACAUCGACAGGUCAGACUUGAACAGGCAAGGUCCACCACCAACCAUCGUCGAGUGGAUGAUAUUACCAUGGGUCCUGGGUUUUAUAUGGGGAGAAAUAAAACAAAUGUGGGAUGGUGGACUUCAGGAUUACAUCCACGAUUGGUGGAAUCUAAUGGAUUUUGUGAUGAACUCCUUAUAUUUGGCAACAAUCUCUUUGAAAAUUGUGGCGUUUGUAAAGUACAGUGCUCUUAAUCCAAGAGAAUCUUGGGAUAUGUGGCAUCCCACUCUGGUGGCUGAAGCUUUAUUUGCUAUUGCAAACAUCUUCAGUUCCCUGCGCCUGAUCUCACUGUUUACUGCCAAUUCUCAUCUGGGGCCUCUGCAAAUAUCUCUGGGAAGAAUGCUCCUGGACAUUUUGAAGUUUCUAUUCAUAUACUGCCUUGUGUUGUUAGCGUUUGCAAAUGGCCUAAAUCAAUUGUACUUCUAUUAUGAAGAAACAAAAGGGUUAAGCUGCAAAGGCAUACGAUGUGAAAAACAGAAUAAUGCAUUUUCAACAUUAUUUGAGACACUCCAGUCCCUAUUUUGGUCAAUAUUUGGGCUCAUCAAUUUAUAUGUGACCAAUGUCAAAGCACAGCAUGAAUUUACUGAAUUUGUUGGUGCCACCAUGUUUGGGACAUACAAUGUCAUCUCUCUGGUUGUCCUACUCAACAUGUUAAUAGCUAUGAUGAAUAAUUCUUACCAACUUAUUGCUGACCAUGCAGACAUAGAAUGGAAAUUUGCUCGAACAAAACUUUGGAUGAGUUAUUUUGAAGAAGGAGGUACCCUGCCUACUCCCUUCAAUGUCAUCCCAAGCCCCAAGUCUCUCUGGUACCUGAUCAAAUGGAUUUGGACACACCUGUGCAAGAAAAAGAUGAGAAGAAAGCCAGAAAGUUUUGGAACAAUAGGGAGGCGAGCUGCUGAUAAUUUAAGAAGACAUCACCAGUAUCAAGAAGUUAUGAGGAAUCUGGUGAAGCGAUAUGUUGCCGCGAUGAUUAGAGAUGCCAAAACUGAAGAGGGCCUGACUGAAGAGAACUUUAAGGAACUAAAGCAAGACAUUUCUAGUUUCCGCUUUGAAGUCCUGGGGUUACUGAGAGGCUGCAAACUCUCUGCAGUCCAGUCGGCUCAGGCCGCGAAGGACUCUCCCAAUUCGGCAGACUCCGAUGAAAAGAGUGAUAACGAAGGUAGCAGCAAAGACAAGAAGAAGAACUUCAGCCUUUUCGAUUUAACCACUCUGAUUCACCCGCGAUCAGCAGCAAUUGCCGCAGAAAGACACAGCAUAAGCAAUGGCUCCGCCCUGGUGGUACAGGAGCCCCCGCGGGAGAAGCAGAGAAAAGUGAAUUUUGUGACCGAUAUCAAAAACUUCGGGUUAUUUCAUAGACGAUCAAAACAAAACGCCUCCGAGCCAAAUGCAAAUCAGAUCUUCUCUGUUUCAGAAGAUGUUGCUCGUCAUCAGGCUGAAGGACCCCUGGAGAAAAAUAUUCAACUGGAAUCUCGAGGACUAGCUUCCCGGGGUGACCUGAGCAUCCCAGGUCUCAGUGAACAGUGCGUAUUAGUAGACCAUCGGGAAAGGAAUACGGACAGCCUGGGUUUACAGGUCAGCAAGAGAAUGUGUUCGUUCAAGUCAGAAAAGGUGGCGGUGGAGGACACUGUUCCAAUAAUACCAAAGGAGGAGCACGGAAAGGAAGAGGACUCCAGCAUAGGCUAUGAUGUCACCCUCCCAGACUCAGCUACCCAUGACGAUUAUGUGACCACAAGAUUGUGAUACUUGAAGGAGGAAGCGUUUAUCCUACGUAUAUAUAUUUUCCAUUGGGGGGAGAUGUUUAAAAGUAAAUUAGCAAAUGCUAACUUACACUUUAUAGCAUUUAUCCACUGUGGCAUAAUAACGUGUAACAUGUUUAAAUA